CUGAAUGGGAAACACAUUUGUGCGCCUCGCCGGUGUAUUAACCUAAUGGGGAGAGACGAUGAGAAGCGAAAACAGUUGUCCACGUAAAUCAAUUUUCCGAGGGUACGACGGGCAAACUGAAAUCUGCCGUGUCUCAAAGCGGCCCGACUGCUCUUCAACUACCCGCUGCGCAUACGGCAGCCACGGAGAGACGCGGCAUCGUUAGCUGCUGUGUCCGCAACCGAAGAAGAGAGGGAUGCUAGGACUUGAAAAGAGAUAAAUAAAACGUAUUCGUCAUUUCUCUCUCUCUCUCUCUCGUCAGUAUGGGGUCUGUGUUCAGUUAGCGAACGGCGAGUUGAACCUGAAUUUGUUUGCGGUCGUUGCGGUAGCUGUCGUCUGUGAAAAAUGAGGAUAAUAUGCAGAUAGGGCGUUUUAAAGUCCAUCUUUUGUUGUGGACGGUCGGGCUAACGUUAGCGAGGUUUUUUUUCUUUUUCUAACACUGGACCUGGCAGGUUGGCGUGUGUGUCGUGUAUCGCUAGCGUGAGUUUAGCCGAGGUUGUUUGGUCGGUUGUCUUCGGUUUAUGAACUAGCUCCUCAUAUCGGAUGAAAUCUCGUCUAUGCCAUCCACCCCAGUGUUGUCAGGGGCCUCCGCUGGCAAACUGCGUCACCGAGUGGGCGCUGCGGGUAUCCACCUCUAAUUCUGCAUGUUGGGAAGUCUAGCCAUGGCACGAAUGACCUGGAAACCAAAGUGACUGAACUUUAAAAUCGCCAUGGAGCCGGGGGCCAACUCAAACUCCGAGGGCCACCAAGAACUCGAAUAUCCAUCCGUACCCAACUAUCAGUGUGAACUGGCCAUGGGUGAUGGAAACAUCAACCUUGUGGACUCGGUGGCGAGAGGGGGGAGUGACCCCAGUGCAUCCCCUCCUCCCAGCCAUCAGAGGAAUGUGCAUCAGAGAUUUAUCAGGAGAAGUCUGUGGUUUUCAGACACAGACGAGCAGGCCUUUGAAGCACCUGAAUAUGAUAACAAGAGUAAGAUCCUAAACAUAAACCUGCGAACAAUAGUGGACAGGACUCGGGGGACUACUUGCGGGAUACAAGAGGGUUCCAGCACUGAAAGUCAAGGGGGGCAGAAAGACAGUGCAACGGAGAGCGCCAGUGCCGAUGAGGAGAAGGAAAAGGGUGGAGGCGCACUAAAUGUUACAUGCAGUGAUGGUGCUAAAACCGCUAUCAAGUCAGCCAGUGAGGAGAAUGAGGAGGAGGCAGAGAUGAAAGCAGUCUCCACAUCUCCAGGAGGAAGGUUCCUCAAAUUUGACAUUGAGCUGGGGAGAGGGUCCUUCAAGACGGUCUACAAGGGCCUGGAUACUGAGACAUGGGUGGAGGUUGCCUGGUGUGAGCUGCAGGAUCGUAAGCUGUCAAAGGUGGAGCGUCAGCGCUUUAAAGAGGAAGCAGAGAUGUUGAAGGGUCUUCAACAUCCCAACAUUGUCCGUUUCUAUGACUUUUGGGAGUCACCUCUUAAAGGGAAGAAGUGCAUUGUUCUAGUAACAGAGCUCAUGACUUCAGGGACGCUAAAAACCUAUUUAAAGCGUUUCAAGGUAAUGAAACCCAAGGUGCUGAGGAGCUGGUGCAGACAGAUCCUGAAAGGCCUCCACUUUCUCCACACCAGGACCCCACCCAUCAUCCAUAGGGACCUCAAAUGUGAUAACAUCUUUAUCACGGGACCUACAGGUUCAGUCAAGAUAGGGGAUUUAGGACUGGCAACACUCAAGGCAGCUUCCUUUGCUAAGAGUGUAAUAGGCACCCCUGAGUUCAUGGCUCCGGAGAUGUAUGAGGAGCACUAUGAUGAGGCUGUGGAUGUUUACGCCUUUGGCAUGUGUAUGCUAGAGAUGGCCACCUCAGAAUACCCCUACUCUGAGUGUCAGAAUGCUGCUCAGAUUUACCGCAAGGUCACAAGUGGAGUGAAGCCAGCCAGCUACAACAAGGUCAUGGAUCCUGAAAUCAAGGAGAUAAUUGGGGAGUGUAUCUGCCAAAAGAAAGAGGAGCGGUACACCAUCAAGGAAUUGUUGAACCAUGCUUUCUUUGCUGAGGACACAGGUGUGAGGGUAGAACUAGCUGAGGAGGACGAUGGGAAAAAGGCCUCAAUAGCCCUCAAACUGUGGGUGGAGGACCACAAGAAGUUAAAAGGGAAGUACAAGGAAAGUGGAGCCAUUGAGUUCACAUUUGACCUGGAGAAAGAGGUCCCUGAAGUUGUGGCACAAGAAAUGGUGGAGUCUGGCCUCUUCCAUGAGAGUGAUGGUAAGACCGUGGGAAAGUCUAUCAGGGACCGUGUGGCUCUCAUCAAAUGGAGAAGAGAGCGAACAGUGUCUGCUGCAGCGGCAGUAGAUCAGGUUGAAGGGGGACACAGGGUCCAGAUGACACCGUCUCAGGGCAUCUCUGCUGGGGCUGCACAUGUAGGACAGCCCCCUUUGCAGGAACCAGAAGAGCAAGAGGCAGAACAGCACAACAGGCUGCAUAACCUACCAACCAGUGCCACCUCAGUGACAUCAGACAGCACAGUUGACAGUGGCAUGGGCUCCACUGUGUACUCAGACUCCCACAGCAGCCAGCAGAGUGUCCUCUACCAAUCCCUGCUGGAGCCUAUUACUAUGGCAACACAGCAGUGCCAGAGCAGUAGCCCUUUUCUGACAGACCGGCCUCACUCCUGUGAAAAGGGUGAAAUAUGCUGGGCAACGCUGAGCCCAACGCUCAGGGCUCAACUGGGAACUGCAGCCCGGAGAGGAAGUGCCCCUGUUAUUGACACUCACAGGGCAAACCUCAUCACUCAACUCCAUGCCCUCAGUCAAUCUCAGAGAUCAAUCAGUCCCUCCCCUACAGCACCGGAGAACCAGUCAGAACUUAAUCCUUCUGAGCUUCACUCAGAGGCCCAGGAUGGGUUUCCCUCCAAGAGUGUUCUGCCAGUGCUGCAGGUCUCCCCUGUCUCUUCACCCUCUGAGUACCGCCGCCUUAGUGACACUGGUAUCAGACCGUCAUCAGAGGCCAGUGAGAACUUAACACUUCCUGUGCCUAGUGGACGCAGACACUCUGACCUUAGUAGUCUCCUGAGUAUAACCUCUCAUCAUAACCACCAUUUUGCAGCGCAUAAAAGCCACGUAUGCCAGGCCUGCCUCUCUUUGCUUCUUUUGAGGUCACGAGAAGGGAGCCAACGCCACCCUUCUGUUGUCAUGCCAACACACCACUGUCCGUGUGACUUUAGAAACCACCCGUCCUCUUGUGGAACAAUGACCACCCCUGGUUAUGGUCGGCUGAAAGGCUCCAGUGAUUGCUCUGAUUUCUCACUGCUGCAGAAGUCCCUGUUCAAUAUAAUCAGUCGCAAAACAGCCCCUUGUCACACCACACCCACACAAGCCUCACUAUUGCACCCCUCAGCUGCCCACGGGCCUUCAUGCAGUGAUGGAGACGGCAGCCUGAAGAGUCAUCUCCUCAGUGGCAAUUCAGUUGGGGACCAAGAACCCCUCCAGGACAGCGAGGAUAGAUUCUGUGCCGGAGAGCAGCAAGUCACCGGGGCUGUGGGAGUGACCAGUUCUGCAGGCCACCAGAAUCAACCACCUGUCCAGGGUCUGCCUUCUUCCAGCACAGCAAUGCACACACCACUGCAGUACCUCCAGCCUGGACGCAGCUACCCUGCUGCUCCAUAUGCUGGUCAACCCAGUGCUGCACCACCAGCUCCAGCUAGUCCAUGUUUCGUCAACAUCCAGCAUGCAGGCAGCGCUGCUAGCUAUGUACCUCCAACUUUUCAACAGACCCAAGCUGCAGCAUCAGCUGUUCCACAACAUGUUGCACAGAGUCACCAAGUACUAGGCCAUCAACAGCAGCAGGCAUCAGCAGCAAGCUCUUUAACUUUUCCUUUGCAAGUCCAACAAACGUGUCAGAACUGUGUGACUCCAAAGCAACAACAGGCUCAGUCUGCGUCAGGAUAUCCUACUGCAGUUCAGCAACAGACCACAGCAGCAGCAGCAGCAGCAGCGGCCACCCUGGCACCACAGCAGCCGGCACAAAGCUACCCUCUGGCAUCUGUAGCCCCAGCUAUGGCAGCCACAGCCCAGUGUCAUCCUGCACAAGCUCCCAGCACACUGCAGCACGUCCAAGCCGCAGUCAAACUACCAAGUCAGCAGUAUGGUCAGAGCUCCUCCACACCAGCACUUUUCAGCCAAAAGAUACCCGUUCAGCAAGAGCACCAACAGCCCGUACCACAAAAUACUCAAUCCAGUAUACAACAAACGCAAAAUGUUGGGCAGGCUUAUAUUCAACCUCAGCUCCAGCAUAACCAAGAUUCUGUGCAUCUCAUACACCAACAAAUGGCACAACAGCCUACGCAGCAGUCUCAAACUCUUCAGUCUCCUGGUCAGCAACAGUUGCACACCUCAAGUCUGCAGCAGCAUGGUCAGAAAGCCAUGCAAACAGCAGUUCCACAGCAGAGCCAGGAUGUAUCCCAGUCCACAGUCCAACAGGUUCACACCCCAGCCUCUCAGGCUCAUCCCACAACAACCCCUGCUGUGCAGGUUUCAGCCACACACCAGAGUUACCCUGUUGCAGGUCUACCUGAUUCUGCCUCUCAGAGCUAUGCACAUCCUGCCCUCAAUACGCUGCAGCAACAGACUGCUCCAGCUCAGACCCAGUACCAGCCUGCACAGUCUACCGCUGCUCCGCAGACCUAUGGAGGAGCUACCCAGGUAGUGACUCCGCAGAGCCUUCCAGCCUCUUCCCAGCAUAGCCAUGCUGCACAUAUUGCCCAACAGUUUCAACCCUAUCUUUGCAUCGCUGCUUUCCUGAAUCAGAAUAUUCCUGCUGGUCAGAGCAUUUCCAACCUGGGACAAGAUGGACAGGGCCAUGGGCAGAAUCUCACCCAAUCUGCUUCCAGUAUGCUGGCCCAGGCACUUCCUCCUCAACAGUCAAUGGCUCCGGCUACUGUCAUUCAAGAACCCCAGUCGCUUCAGAUAUCAACCUCUCUACCACCAACACACCCAUCCAAGUUUCCUUCACAGUAUCCCACAGUCCAGGUGAUGACAGCUGUGACUGAAUCUUCCUAUCCUCACUCCUGCACUGCCCCUCACCCUUCAACCUCCUCUUCUCUCAAUCACAUCUUCCUUUCUCCUGGACCAGCUCUUCCUGUAACCCCCUCUGUCUCCCCUCUCUCCCCUCUGCAAAUUGAAAAUGCAUUAGUUUCACCCAUCCCAGUGUCCCUCAUACCUUCUCCCUCACCCGUUUUGGGUAAGAUGGGACCCACAUCCCCACAGCACCAGCCCACCACUGUUCUGCAGCAGAGUGUUAAAUGUGAAGCUUCUCAUUCGCAACCGACAUUUAUAUCGACACUAACCACCCAUCCCAUACACACUUCCCCAUCUCAAAACACACACUCUCCCACAAAUGGCAGCACUCAGCCUCUGAUACAGAAGGUUCCCCAGCAGGCCCAGGUCAGCCAUCCUGAGCUUGUCCCCUCUGCUCAGCCAGUUCAACCUGUACUCUUCUCCUCACCUGUGCAGAAUGGGGCUGACCCAGGCACAACCACCACUGCUGCCCAUCUGGACAACAGUAACCCAUGCCAGCUGGCCCUGCAGACACAGGCCCACAGUCAGGUUCAGAGCCAAAUUCCUCUGCUGCAGUCCUCUGACUCUAAGAGAGCAUCAGCUGGGUCUGCCAGUUCCAGUCUGACUCAGCAGAAACAUAUCAGUACUCUAACAGGAGCUGCAGGUCUGGGUCCAACAGAGACCAACACGGAGGAUCAAGCCACAGAGAAACAAACUGGAGGACAGAGCUAUGACAGCAGUGUCAACUCUGAUGCCACAUCAGGGAAAGAGAUGAGUGAUGGUUAUGAGGGGACACAUGGAGGUAAAGGUGAAGGGAAAGUCCGCAAACACCACCGCAGAUCCACACGCACGCGCUCACGUCAAGAGAAGAUUAGCAGGCCAAAGCUCAACAUGCUCAAUGUGUGUAACACUGGGGAUAAGAUGGUAGAGUGUCAGUUGGAAACUCAUAACCAUAAGAUGGUCACUUUUAAGUUUGACCUGGAUGGAGAUGCACCAGAGGAGAUUGCUACAUACAUGGUGGAGAAUGAUUUCAUCCUACCUCUGGAAAAAGACGUCUUUAUUGAACAGCUGAAGGACAUUGUGGACAAAGCUGAGGACAUGCUGAGUGAGGACACAGAGGGUGAGGGGCACUAUGACCAGAGAGGCACUCCCAAUCAGACUGAAGGAACUGACACACUGCGAAGAGAGGCUUCAGCACCCAGCACCCCCCAACUAGUGUACCAACAAAAUGUCCUCCACACUGGCAAGCGCUGGUUUAUCAUCUGCCCUGUGGCUGAGACACCCAUGCUAGACAAAGAGAAAGCUACAUCUCACACCUCUACAACCAAGCAAUCUGAAAAGUCUGCUUCAACAUCAGUCAGGCCCAACAGCAACACAACUGCAGUGACUACCCCAGGCGCAUCUUUAUAUUCCCAAAGCCAGUCCUCCUCCUCCUCUCUGCCCCCUGCUGCUCAGACCUCAGUGCAACCUCCAGACCAAAACCCAAAAGCUCGGGUCCAGCGGACUCAGCCGGGUGUAACUAUACAUGCUGUUGCUGCUGCUGGUGUCAGCCAUCAAAACUCUUUUGCUGCAAAAGAACCUUGCAUCUCUGCUGUCUCCAUGGUGACGGAGAUGCCAUGUUGUGCUAUUGUGCCACCUGUCUCUCUGGAUGUGGAUAUUGAUAAAGGAGCAGCUGGUGGUUUGGCCUCAUCUCAAACUAAUCAGCAAUGUGAGAAGGCCAGUCCUACUGGAGAACUACCCCCUCAGCUGUCUUCCCAUCAGUCUGUGGUCCUGCAGCAACCCUUUGCCACACCUAUGCAGCCUGGGACAGUGACCUCCCAGCCCCAGAGUCCAGCACAUCAGACCUCCCAGAACUCCCAGUCAUCAAGCCACCAGCAGCCAGCGAGUGGGGGGCCAGGAGAGUCGGACAGUGAGGGACCACGCAGGGUGGAGUUUGUUGACCGCACCAUCAAGACUCUGGAUGAGAAGCUGAGAAACCUUUUGUACCAGGAGCAUGCUCCCUCCCAGCCUUCAAGCACGACAUCUGACCCCCAGGCCUCUAGCACAGAGGGUGUCAGCUCCGCUCCAGUCUCAGACACCCAAAGCACCGAAGGAGCACUUACAAAGAAGAAGGGGGACCCACUGCCUCAGAUUCCUGAGCGCACAGAUAGUGUGGGUGCACUAAGUGACUCUGCAGUGGGAGCAGCUAACAGGGUUUUGAAAGGAAGAGAUGUGGCUGCCAGCUCCACUUCACACAGCUCCAAAAGACAUUUUCAAAUCAUCCCUACUCCACCGGAUGUCAUUUGUCGUGUAGAGAAAAGCCAGACAAGCUGCAGCACCUGCAGUUCCCCAGCACCCUCUAGUGGUUCUGGAGGGUCUCACAUGCAGACCCAGGACCCAGGCAGGAAAGAGAAGGGCUUUGCAGCUGUGGGCAGGUCCGCUCUGACAGCUGCAGCUGAUGAUGAGAAUCCAGGAACAUCCAAAACCAUCAGUAGUAAUCGCUACUCUGCCCCACCAAACUUCUACCGGGCCAACCCCAUUUCCAGCCCUGAUCUCACCCCGCACCAUAUCCCCCGGGCCCAGACCAUUGACACUCCGACCCAUCACCAUUACUUCCACUCCUCUCACCUCUACUCUGACUCAGCAGAUGAAGACACCAGCAGCAUAGCUCUCCCUCCGGCCCACCCUGCUCCCCCAGCUCAUGCCCUGUCUGAGCACAGUGGUAGCGACCUCAUGAAGAGGGCAGUGGCCUUUCUGCGGCGCUCUGGUCGCUGCAAAAGUGAGCAGAGCUCUGAUUCACCGAGCCAACAGCCCAUGGCAAUGAAUGGUCACGCUCUCUCGCCUUCUGCAGGACAUGCCCACUCAUCCUACAUCAGUAGUGACAAUGACUCUGAGUUUGAGGAUGCAGAUAUGAGGAAGGAACUGCAAAAACUGAGAGAAAAGCACAUGAAGGAGAUUUCUGAUCUCCAGGCGUUCCAGAGGCGUGAGAUUGAGCAUCUGUACAAGGAGCUGGGCAAAACUCUGCCCCCCAAUGUCGGCCUACUACAUGCUGCACCCCCAAGCGGCCGCAGGCGUAGGGCCAGCAAACACAAGCUGAAGGCCGGAAAACUGCUCAAUCCGAUGGUGCAGCACCUUAAAAACAAUCUUAACGCCGCCACUGAGAGGAAAGGCGAGAGUGCUGCCAGUUCAUCCAGCUCGCCGGCUAAAAGUUCAAUUCUGUCAGAUGGCUCUGCCCACUCCACUGGCACCUCCAGCUCCAGCAGUCAGCCCAACACUGCCCCAGAGCAGGUCCACACACAGCAACCCUGUUCCUUGAAGGGCUCUUUUUCCACAGAUGACAUCUACGCUGGGUUACAUGGUGAAGGAAUGGCCACCCAGGCAGGCCCUGGCCAAGGCUGGACGGUUUACCACCAAACGUCAGAGAGAGUCACCUAUAAAUCUAGUAGCAAACCACGCACUAGAUUCCUCAGUGGACCUGUGUCUCUGUCCAUCUGGUCCACUCUGAAACGACUAUGUCUAGGCAAAGAUCGCAGUAGUAGGUCUUCUCUCAGCACCACCACAGCUCAGGCAGCCUCCAGUCAGACACAGCAGUCAAUCACCACAGCCACACCCUCACCAUCUCCUCAGCCAAUCACACGGCUUGCUCAGGUCCAGACGAACAACAGCAACAACAAGAGAGGCACAUUCACUGAAGAUCUUCACAAACUGGUGGAUGACUGGACAAAAGAGACUGUUGCGGCAGCCAAUCAACCGCGACCCACCUUGAACCAGAUCAAACAGCAGAGACGCCAGCGGGACCUGGGAUGCAGAGCGCCACCCAUGGGAGCAGCUACACAUGAGAUGAAAUGCCAUGUUGGUCCCAGCAAGUUCCAGUUGCCUCUUUCCUGCCCCCUGACUGCUGCUUUAGGCCCUGAUGGAAUGCCAUAGUGGUGAGAUGUACCGUUGCCUUGCAGAAACAAAUCGUUAAUGUACGACUGAUGAGAGGAGGAAAAAUAAUUACGCCAGCAGCCAAAAUCCACUCUUUCAGGUCGAAUGGUUCAGUUGGACACAGCCUCUUUUUGAAAAGACAACAGAUGUGUUGGACAGCAGAAGAGUUGUCAGUGUUGUAGCCUUGUGCUCAGAGGAAAGGCAGUGUCCGGAGCCAUAUAUACUGUACAUAGUUCUUUCUACAGUAUAUGCCUCUGGUAGUGUUCUGAUCAGAAUGUAGCAGUUAAUAUGUGACGGCUUGAGGCUUAAAAGUGCAAUUUAACCCCAUCCACAAAGCUUUGAUCGUGGCCUUGCCACAAGCCUUAUCUCUGAUGUGUGCAGCGGGAGCAAGCUGAAAAGUUGAACAAAGUAACAAAUCACUAAGCAACAGACAGAAGUUACCAGGCAAAGUAUAAAUAUUACAUAUCACCCAGCAAACUCUGAAUUCACUACUGCUAAAUGUUCCUUCAACUUGGCUGUUCUAUUACUCAGCAUACACUGUAUAUAAAAUGUUCUGUGCAAUCACCAAUUAAGUCUGAUGUUUUUAACUUAUUUGAUGCUUAAAGCUUGAUUUUUGAUGCUGCUAUCGUCUGUGGUGAUUCCACUGUACAGUUACGCAUUCUAUUCACACAAGAUGGUACUUAAACAUAAGACUCUUCAAAUUAAAUUAACAAAUGAGAUGCUCACAAAGCAGUGUUAUUGCCUUGUGGAAAUUUUGAUGAUGUGUUGAUUUCCCAGGUUGCUUUGAUGACAGCCUUUUUUUUUUUUUUCUCUUGUCAGUAAUAUAUUGCAAAAUUCAAAUGAUACUUGAUGUGGGAGAUUUGCACAACAGAUAGUCUCCCUUAAUUCUAACCUAUGUUAAAGUGUUUCCUACAGUGUGUAUAUAGUGGGUUUCACCGCCUGUACUUUUUUUAUCACUGACAAGCAUGGCCAACUUUUCAUGUUCCACAAGGCAAAGAUAAACAAUAAAGCUACUAUGGUUAAAAAUUUCACAUCUCCACAACACAUUUGAAAGGUUGCGGCACCCCAAUCCUUCCAAGCUGUGAAUUGUACAGUUUUCUUGUAGUUUAUAUUUGUACAUUUUGUUUGUUUGACUGUUCCGGGGUGAUGAUGAUGGUGGUGGUGGUGGUGGUGGCGGUGUUGGAGGGGUUGCUUUGAUGUAUAUUAUUCCAUCAAUUCAGUUUGAAUUGGACUUUUAUAGGAUAUUAUGCAGAGUCUUCUGCUUUGGUGAAAUACUUCCAGUAGUAAGAGAUUUCUGUUCUCUGUCACUUGUAUCUGGUAUGUUUUGUUCCACCUCCCUCACUGCAAACUCAUCACGAGCAGAAGAGGGAAGGACUAUUGUUGCCAUAUUUAUUUGGGUGCAGUGGUAAAACUGAGAUCUGAAAUGCACCGAGGGGGAGAUGCCCUGACAGUUCCUAGUCUGCUCAUCUCACUUCUCUCUGGACAGCAUUGCCCCCUGGUGAAUGUGCGCUGAUUGUCAGAGGCUUGUAUUUAAACUGUGUGGGAUUGCUUCUGCCUGCUGUAUGUCCCACUGCAUUACCCCACCCUACCUUGCUGCACUCUAAUCACAGACUGUAUGUUGAGAGAGAAAUAAAUAU